AGGUGGUGUGGGCGCGGCGGUUUACGCGUCAGUGGCGCAACCAGGUUGCCGCAUCGCGCAUCGCUCAUAAUUCAUUGCGCACAGCCUCAUUCGUGCAACCAAUCAAGAGCAGACGAGGCCUGCGCAUAGGUGCGCCAACUUUGGCAGCCUUUGCUAUAGCCGGUGACGCGCGCGGCGUCACGCGAACACUCGAACGAAUUCACCCAAGGAGUCGCACCGCAUCAUCACGCCGCCGACGCGGCCAGCAGUGAGACCUAUGGGCAACGAUAAGCGCGACGCCCCCGCGGCCUACCUCGUCGGCUCCGCACUCGCAGCGGUCGUCAACUUCCCGCUCUGGAAGGCGUCGGCCAUGGCGCAGUCGGGCUUCAAAACUAAAAGUAGAGGGUAUUUUGCGGCGUAUGCGGAGGCCCUGAGGCCGCCCUAUAGGGGCGUCGCUGCCGUCGUCGGCGGCAUGACGUGGGCGCGGUUCGCGAUCUUCUACGGGAGCGACGUCGGGAGAAGAUGGUUCGAGGAAUCACAGGUGUUCGAGAAGGGCUCCGUCGCCGCCAUUGCCGUGCCUCCUUUGAUAGUGAGCACGGGAGUGCAGGUCGUCAACCAGCCGAUCAUCCGGGCCUCGAUCAUGCUACAGGACCCCGAGGCCGACUUUCGAGCUUCUCAGGGUACGACGGACGCCGUGCGACGGAUUGCGCGGGAGCGAGGCGUCGGUGCUCUGUGGCAUGGCACAUCAGCAGGCAUCCUCAAGACCGUGCCAAAAUAUUGCGUCGCUGUAUUGGUCAAGGAGCAGUGUGAAAGAAGGCUUCCUAGUGUUGAUACGAAACUCGGCAAACUCUUGAGGGACGCGACGAAGGCCGUAUGUGCCGCGGUCGCCGGUGCCGUUCUCACCAAUCCCUUGGAUGUCAUUAGGAAUGAAAUGUUCAAGACGGACCAGUCCCUGGUCACGGUCGUGAAGCGGUUGCAGGGCGACUACGGCAUGAAAUGGGUGGCGCGCGGCGCGGACAAGAAUCUCGUGGGGGUGGCCGUGCCGGUCGCGUGCACGAUCUUCUUCACGGACCAGCUGCGACGGGUGGGGCUGUGACCUUUUGGCGCUUCCGUGCGGCUCUUGGUGGACGUUUGCUUUGCCUAGAGCCAGGCCGCCUAGCCGCGGAGCUCCCUGCGUGACCGCACGCCCUCAUACGCCGUCGCCCCGAGU